CCCCUCUAGAACCGAUGUCGUGAUUCGAGUCUAGGAAUAUAUGUAUAUAAAUGCCCAAUAUCCAUUUGUUGAAUGAUAAUCAUACAGCAAUUAUCUAUCCAUCUAUCUAUUCUAUCAUCUCAAAACUUCAAUCACAAAAAUCAAAUCCUCUUCACCAUGAGUAUCAUCAAGAACGUAGCUUUUGUCGGCGUAAGUAACCCAUCCCCAUCUCCAAUUAUCCCAAAAAAUCUAACAAACCAACCCUAGCCAUCCGGUGCCCUCGGUGCACCCGUCCUCGACGUCUUAAUCAAAUCUAACAAAUUCAACAUCACCGUCCUCACACGCUCCACUUCGAAAUCCACCUCGCAUCUCCCCACCUCAGUAACCAACCUCCCCGUAGACUUCACCUCUGUGGAGUCCCUCACCUCCGCCCUCAAAUCCCAAAACAUCGACGCAGUAGUCUCCUGCGUUGGAGCCCCAGGACUCAAAAGCCAAAGCGUCCUAAUCGACGCCUCCGUCGCCGCAGGCGUAAAACGCUUUCUCCCUUCAGAAUUCGGUUCUGAUCUCUCCAACCCCCUUACCAAAUCCCUCCCAGUUUUCGGUGACAAAAUAACUACCCAAGAGUAUCUCGAAGCUGCUGUUGCGAAAAAUCCUUCCUUGACAUAUACAUAUGUCCGUAAUGGAUCCUUCCUCGAUUGGGGCCUCGAGCAUAAACUCCUGCUCGAUCUUACCUCUGGGAAACCUACCAUUUACGAUGGAGGUGAUGUAGUCUUCAGCUCUACCACCCUAGAGACCAUCGGCCAAGCCGUCGUGGGCGUGCUCGGAAAAUUCGAAGAGACGAAGAACCGAGCCGUCUACAUUCAGGACAUCCAGAUCACCCAAAACCGUCUUUUGGAGCUUGCAAAGAAGGUUGCGCCAGAGAAGCAGUGGGAGCCGGUCCAUGCGGAAACCGCUAAGAUUCUAGCGUCAUCGAACGAGAAGCUUGCAAAGGGGGAGGUCACCAUGGAGGUUAUGCUCGGGUAUAUCGUUGUUUCGCUUUUCGGAAAGGAAUAUGGUGGGAAAAUUGAGAAAACCGAUAAUGAACUGUUAGGUCUGAAGGAGAAGACUGAUGCAGAUGUGGAGGCUAUUUUGAAGAAGUUAAUCAAGUAACGGAAAAUGUUGUGUUGAAAAUGUAUCUAUAGCUAGACUCAUAGACAAACUAUAAAUACUAUGAUACAAUAGAAUCUUGUAUACCGUACAU